AUGGCCAGCAGUAGCCGACAAUAUACAUAUGUAACGACUGUGCCAAAGGAAGAGCCCGGGAACGAUCCUGACGAUGUGCUCUUCAACUCACUCUACGGUGUCCGAACUAUCGAGCUCAACCGACCGAAAAAGCUAAACUCCCUAAACGGAUCCAUGGCGAGGAAGAUACUGCCGCGGUUGAAGGAAUGGGAAAAGUCACAAAUGGCCAAUGUUAUCAUGAUAACUGGUGCUGGUGAAAAAGCAUUCUGCGCAGGAGGAGACGUUGCGGAAUUAGCUAAAAACAAUGCGACUAAGGAAGGACAACUGAAGAGCACGAAUUACUUUGCGCUGGAAUACCAACUAGACCAUACGAUCAGCACGUACAGCAAGCCGUACAUCGCGGUCAUGGAUGGUAUUACAAUGGGAGGCGGUGUCGGUCUCAGUGUUCAUGCGCCGUUUCGCAUAGCUACUGAAAGAACAACCUUUGCAAUGCCUGAGACUACGAUAGGCUUCUUCCCUGAUGUUGGCGGAAGUUUCUUCCUUUCAAGAUUAGAUGGUGAAGUCGGCACAUAUCUGGCUCUUACCUCCGAACGAUUACAAGGCGUACAGGCCAUGUAUGCUGGCAUCGCAACACACUAUCUCGACAGCUCAGUCCUCCAACCACUGACCACACGUCUAUCCGAACUAAACUUCCGUGACCACGCCGACCUACAAGAACGACUCAGCCUCAUUGACGCAACGAUAUCCGAAUUCAGCACCAAUCUACCCUCACCUGACUCCUACGGAGAGAAGCUAAAGAACGGCAACAUCAGCGGUGAACUCAGAGAGGCCAUCGACAGAUGCUUCAAAUUCAACUCUAUAGACAAGAUCCUCGAAGCCCUCCGAACAGAAGCCGACGGCCAAGGAAGAAUAGCCGACUGGGCCAAAGCCACAGCCAAAACCAUUGCCAUGCGCUCACCAACGUCACUCAAAGUCACGUUAAAACAACUGAGACUAGGCAAACACUGGAAAAUAGGCGAAACAUUCAUCCGUGAGCACGAGAUGGCCGCGCGAUUCAUGCAGCAUCCAGAUUUCACCGAAGGCGUCAGUGCCCGUCUCAUCAAUAAGCCUCCCACCGAACCGAAAUGGCAACCGGCUACUCUGGAAGAAGUCAAAGAGUCAGACGUCGAUACCUUCUUUGCCCUGCCAGAAGGCGUCGAACCAGUACAGCUGAUACAACCGUCCCAAAACGCCCGCGACGAUUAUAGAGAUUACCCGCAUGCUACAUAUGCGCUGCCGAGAGAAGAGCACAUCGCGGCUAUUGUUCGCGAACACGGAAGAGGUGGAAAGCAGGCCGUGAUGCAGGAGGUACUGACGAGGUGGAAUAACAAGCUCGGUGUACAAGAGAAAAUGGAGGACGUGUUCCAGCGAAAAUGCCAGUUGAACGGUAGGGAAGUGCAGUGGAAGGAGCAGCAAAAAGCGAGUUUGUAG